AGCGAAUAAUUUUAGAUAAGGUUGAUGAGGAUGAAAUAAGUGAAUAGUUGGAAAAUAGGAUUAGAAAAAAAAUAAGCAUAAAUUGGUUAAAUUAAACAAGUAGACUAAUUAAUAAUUCUGAAAUUUGAGAUAAAGCAGGCCUUACUUAUUUAAUAUAUAUUGAAGAAACUCAAAUAGGAAAUAUAUAACACCUUCAAGAUUUGGCAGCUUAAAGCUUAAGUAACCUAAUAGGUGACGAUAAGGUAACCAAAUCAGGCAUAGUACUUGAAGUAAUUAGCAUAAAUUUAUCUUAGAUUUUAAAUUGCUGAGGGCACUGUAAAUUCAGAUACUGAACAGUAUCCUCUUCAAUGCUUGAUUCAUGAGAUUAAGAAAGAUAUUCGAUCAUUAUAAUUUUAGAUAACCCACCCAUUUCAUGCUGAUAAAUUAAAAAAAGAAUUUAAAGAUAUCCCUAAUGAGGAGUUUUACUUUCAUACAAUCCUGAAUUCGACAUGGUUUAACAAUAUAUAUUAUAAUUUAUUAUUCAAGCGAUUAAUCGAUUGGAGAAUCAAUACAUUAUAUUAUGAUUAUAAUAAUGAAUUCCUAUUAUUAUAAGUAAAAAUCGUUUUUCCAGAUAAUUAUAAUAUUAGGAUUUUAAUUAUAUUAAUAAAAGGAACAGUUUAUUCCAUUUUUUCCAAUUAUUGA